CAGCUUCCCAACAUGGGUCUCUACCUCCUUGUUGUACUACAGUCUGCUUGGUUUAUGCUGACAAAAGCCGACUUCUGUCCAGGCUGGUGCUCUUGUGAGAUUGCCCAGCUGUCGGGUCUGCCCAUCAACUCUGUUCUAGUCCUAUCGCAAUACAAAAAGCCUGCAGAAGAGCAACUUCCCUCUUAUCAGCACAGAAAUGAGGUGCUUGAUGAGAGCGACGAGAACGAGGCAAAGCACCAGUUGGGAGAGGAGAAAUUAAAGGCUGCUACCUGCGUGUUGCAACCUGCGGACAACCUACCGUUAUUCGCCUCACUACCUCCUGACCUUCAGGUUCUGACAAUACUUCAAGGGCCGGGAACAUCAAAUCUGACUCUGGACGAAACUUACUUCCAGCACCUUACAAAACUCGUUGUACUCGAACUUCACGGAUUUCAGAACGGACAAGGUUUGCUACGAUUAAAAAACAAUGCUUUAAAACAUUUAGAACUUCUCCGUUAUCUAAAUAUUCAACACUUGCAAUUGAUGGGUGAUAGAAGUCUCGGAAAUCGCCCAGUACCCAUAUCAGGAACGCAAUUCAUUGAGAGAAACAUGAUUCCUGGAGCUGUGCGAUUCUCUCCAGCUGAGGACGAGAUAGAAAGUAAUGCCAUCCAGUUUAUUCCAGAGCAAACUGAGGCAGAAAUAGUUCCAUACACAGUGUAUCGAGAGCAGCAAGAGCGAGCAGGCUUAUCUACAUUUGCUGGACUGAGGAGUCUUAUUUUUCUUAGGGCGUUUCAUUGCAACAUCAAAGAGGUUAACUGGGAAAUGUUUGACGGUCUAAAUAACCUGGAGUAUUUGUCAUUAGAAGGCAACAAAAUACCUUUCAUACACGAAUUCUCCUUUUAUGGUACACCCAACUUAAAACACUUGGUGGUAUCCCACAACAAGCUGCUCGACGUCCAAAGUACGAGUCUAGCAGGACUGCUCAAGUUGGAGAUACUGGACUUAUCCUAUAACAAUAUAUCACACCUUUCUGAACUAUCUCUACCUCCACUACCUAAUCUGGUUACAGCAGACUUUCAUCAUAACCCUAUUGAGCUUAUUUUGCCAUACACUUUUCAAAUAAUGAACAGUACAGAACAACUUUACCUCGGCAAAAAAAAUACCCAGUUACAAAUUCGCCACAAUUCAUUCCUGGGCCUGGAUAAAGUGCGUAAAGUGAGUCUGAAUGGAGUAUACCUAGAAAUGCUCGAGAGAGAAUACUUAAAUGGAAUGCCUCGACUUCGACAGCUUAAAAUGGAAGGGUCAAUUUAUGAACUCUCUUUCGAUGCAUUUGCAGAGGUCCCUAAACUUCAGGAGCUGAUAUUAAAGCAAUGCUCUAUUCGCAAGAUAUCCAUGGAUGCUUUUUUUGGACUAUAUAACCUGACUUAUCUGGACCUGUCACAUAACGAACUGGAAACACUACCUCCAUCUCUUUUUGACCAUCAAGAGUCACUAAAGGAAAUCAAUCUCUCUAAUAACAAAUUAACCACAUUGCCCGAAGACCUGUUUGUAAACGUCCCAGCAAAACUCAUAAGGCUAGACAAAAAUCCAUGGCACUGCACAUGUUCUAUGUAUGAAUGGAAACCUUCUCAAAUCAACAAAAUCAAGGUGAAAGUGAUAGACGACUCAUUGUGCCAGAAUCGGUACGAUAAGGGCAGCAUGUGCCGUGUCAGUUACAUAUAUCGGUACAUGUAUGAGCAGAGUGUGACACCACUGUGUGCCUCCCCUACUCGUUUCUCUGGCUGGAGCGUUUUCCACCUGCUUAGGAAACACCUCCGAUGCUACAAGAAACUCCACAAAAACGCACCCAAUCAUGUACAAAAAUAUAAAAAAGCUAUUCAUAAGAAAUUUCCUAAAUUCCAUAAAAAUCAUAACAGUUCACUAGAGUCAAGUGUAGUGACACAGACUCCUAUCACAAAUGAAGUGGAUGACCAAAAUGUUCAGACAGAUGAGAAAAACACCACCACUUCCGAACAAACAAAUCGUACAACUCUGCACACAGUUAGUACAGAAGAUAUAUUAUUAACUAAAGAUAGUGAACAGACAACAGAGACAAAUAUACUUUCAACAAAUAGGAUAAAUGACAAUGGAACUUUGGAGACCAACAAUGAUCCUGAAGAGUCCAACACAAUUGAUAUCAACCAAAACAUGUGGACGCAAAAGGACAAAGAUAAGUACAGGUUACUUCAAGAGAAGUACGAAAAGACACAAAAGCAAUUUAACUCAACAGAAACGGUGAAUAAAGAUAAGCCAGUACAAGCGAAUGUCAAACUGAAUAUUGAUAUGAAUUCUAAAAUAAAAAAGCGAACCGACACACAGAAAAAGUGGUCACUUAAGAUGGAAAAUACAGUUAGACGUUUAAACAUGGUUCCAACGAACUAAAUUGUCAAAAUAAAUUAAGGAAAACUUCAUUUAAAUACAAAGUGUCAAGUUAGCGUUGUUUAACCCUAGCCCCUCGUAGCAUAAUUUGUACACUUCAGGUUAUAAAAGACAUAAUAUCUUUAAAUAAAUGAGCGAAUUGUAAAGGUGCAUAAAACAUGUGUCAACCAAAAUUAUUGCAAUAGUACAAUUGCGCUUCUAACAACUGAUAAGCUGCUGCUGUACUGCUACGUUGUUAAACAACUAAUAUCAUUUGUGUCCUGUACCAUAUAAUGGAGACAUUUUACAGGGAUGAGUUGGUUUUCAACGCUUAUCAACAGCCAUUAUCUACCAAAAGAGGAACUAUGAGGCUAAUUAAUAUGAAAAUUUCCACCGAAAUGGAAAAUACUUUCUGUCAGCCUCAAGUUUUGAAUUUCAUUAAUGCAAAGUUCUGACUUAAAAUAAAGACAUUUUCUGGUUACAAUCUACCCAGCCAAAUACACUUCACCAAAUUAAUUUUCCCUCCCAAAUAUAAGCCUAUUGUAUCUUCUGUCUGAGAUAUAAUAAUGCAAUUUAUAAAGUUUUGAGACAUUACUGGAAAUGUAAUUGUAUAUUAAUCAGAAAAUAACUUUUGAUCAGGUUGAAAUGAUGCAGGUGAAAUACUAUCAUAAAGAGGACUUUAGUAAAACCACUGAAGUAUAUAUUUUUACAUAACUAUUUCUGGUUUUUACGCUAGAGAUAAAAACACGAAUUAUAAUAAAAUAAAAUAAAGCAAGCGGAUCAUUGUUAAAAAAUCUGUCUGACUGAGCUCCAAUAAUCAACCAUAAGAAUAAUUCUGACCAAAAUCAAUCCAUUGCGUUGAAAUCAAUUUAUACAUCCUUAUACUCAUUUAUUAGAAAUACUCAAGAAACUGCAUUCUUUUAUUCAGCGUAUGCUGUUUGUAAGCUGUAAUGUUUUACUUAAUCACCGAAGAUUGUUUAGUUCAUAGAUUUUAUAACGAUUAAGAUAUGUACAGUGUUUGAUGUGUAUAAAGGUUUUAAGAAAAUAUUUAGUAUACUUUCAUGUAUUACUUAGCUUAUUUUUAGUUAUUGCUACUUUAGAAUUUAUUUAGUUAAACAUUGAAUUCGCUUGGUAGUUUCUAAUGUUACACUAUGUUAUUGUAUCUUUAAUUUGGUUCAAUUGUUUACACUGUUGUCCUUUACUUUCUCGAUUUAAUACAUCGCUUUAUGUAAAUGCAAACUGAGAUGUUCACAUCAGCAUAUUCAUAUCCAGUUGAUGUAAUGUGUAAUUUACAAAGUUGGUAAUGAUUUAAGUUACAUGGAAUUGAACAACAGUCACUACUAAAUUAUAGCAUUUCUGCUAUAACAUUUUAGCUGGGGGUAAGCUCACUCUUCAAACAAAAAAUUUUAAACACUACCCUAGGAGAUUUAUUACAUGGAACUGAUGAUUUAUUUUAUUAACUUUGUGUCAUGCCGACCUGUUAAUAAAAUACAAUACAUACAAUGAACAAAACCUUACUCAAGCUACCAAAAAUUGUAACAAUUAAGCAAUGAUUAAUAUUACAAAAAGCAUGGUGGAAUGAGAUCUGUUGUUAGCAUUACAAUAUAAAAAAAACCAGCUUUGAGAGGAAAAUCUCAUCUAAAAAUACUUAUGACUUUUUUUUUAAGGGGAGAAAAGAAGCAGCUUGAACCACAAAUUAAUAUAUUUUAUUCUACUUAUACAAUAUAUAUAUAUCUAUUUGGAAAUUUUUUUUUCAAAUGCUUUUCUCUUCCAUAAAACACCGAUAAAUUAUAAUAUGGUUAUAUUUUCAUAUCACUAUAAAAAAAACAAAGUUUAAGAGAGACAUUUUAAAAUACAAAUAUGAGUAGAUAUGAAUAUAGAUAUAUUGGGAGAAGAAUAUGGAUUGGUCUCAAAUGUGCUGAUGACAUGCCCAUGUCUUUAUAUUCCAGAUUAUUUUAUACACCCCAACAAUAUAAAGUUUUUUGAAAUUUUUGCAAUAUAUUAUGUAUGAUGUAAGAAUACGCAAGACUACACGUUUAAGUAUAAUCCGUCAAUCGCCUUACUAAAUAGUUGUUAUUUAUUGUUAUUUCUGUUAAAAUGUAAAGCUGUACAUAGAAUAGAACUUAAGAUAUUGAGGAAUAAAACUAAGAGCAUAAAUAAAUGCUGAUGUAUUUAACUUAUAUUUAAUUUAUUGAUAAUAAAACAUUCAAAUAAU